GAGAGACGAGGUGCUGCGUUUGCAGAAGCAGCUAGCAGAGAGUGAGGGCCAAGUCAACCACCUGAUUGCCCUGGAGAAGGCGAAAGUGGUGGAUACCAUUGCGUUUGAUAAGGUCAACGGCAGCGAGAAACUGGUCAUGUGCCGGUGCUGGAAGAACGAGAAGUUCCCGUACUGCAACGGAG